GACACUGUUGAGAAGGAAACGCAUGCGCCAGGACGACCCGUACGACGGACAGUGCUCGGAGGAUGACGGUGAGCCAGGGGCGGCAGUGCGGGUUUAGGGGGCGGCGAGGGCGGGUGCCUCCGUUGAAACAACCCCUUGACAACAGGCCCGCGAUCAGUCUCGCCCUCGACGUGUCACCACUGAACGUUUCUUGAAAAGGGAUCGAUCAAUCGCGAACGUUCAGGAUCAUUACACGUAUCUUCGAAUCUCUUACUCGUUCGCGUGCCGUCGGUGCUUCGUGGUGCUUCGCCUGCUUUAGUGUGGCACCUCCGUAGACCGUCCUCGCUCAUUCAGUAUGGAGUUCCCGAAAGCAGUGAAACGAGGCCGUAAUUUUCGUCUGCUUACGGAGGAAGAGCAGCCGGAGCUUCUCGACUUCCUCGGAAAACACUUGCCCCUCUCGUUGAAGUUCCAUCAGACAUUGUUGACUUACAUGAAGGACAAAGUAUGGGAAUUCUAUUUUUAUGUGCCAAACGAAUGGCCGAACGUACAAAUAUGCCUGCACUUCCCUGGAAUGACACUUUCUCCUCAUGGUUUGCUAUACGAAAGCGUAGGGGUUUUCUGUCCUAACGAUGAACUGGAACAACUUCAUCUAUUGCGUGAUGAGGAUGUACUGAUCGAUUGGUCAAGACCUCUUUACAUUAAUUUCGUUCACAUAAACAUCGCUAAUAAGCUGGUAGAAUUCUAUAAGGAUACCGGUAACGUCGAUAUGGUGAUUGUCGAUGUUUGGGCUUGCGAAAAUCCACAACUUAUGGAUCAAAACGAGCAAAGUGAAGAGGAUAGCGAUCCGGACGUUCAAGUAUUACCAUUGAAGGCCGAACAUGCUGAAGGAAUUUAUGAGCUAUAUCCCGCUAACGACAUAGAAAGUCAUGAGGUCUUUCUACGAUUGAUCAGGACCUUACCUGCCGGCGGUGUAUUUUGUAAGGAGAGUUUAGCCGCAUGGAUGGUGCAGUCAUAUUACGGUGCUAUGUUCUCGAUGCAAACCAAGCCCGAGUAUCGUAGAAAAGGUUACGGGACUAAAUUAGCAAGGUACCUGACGAAGCGCGUAGCCGAAAGAGGUUACAAUCCGUUCGUAGUUAUACGUCCGGAAAACGAGGCCAGCCAGAGCUUGUACAAGAAAUUAGGUUUUAGGAAGCUAUUUCAAACAGUUCGUAUGAUAUUCACACCAUUGUCGUGGCAGGAGACGGAAAACGAAGCUAGCAAUAUACUCAGGGAGAAUUUGGAAAAUGCGGUUAGACAACUGACCGUUGAACAGAGGGUUAUAGCGGCCCUUCGUGGCGAUGAGGAUAACAGUAUUGCAUCAACCGAGAUACAAGAAGCCGAGGGUGAAGAAACGAUACGAGAAGGUGGUUCGGACUCUAACGAGGAAGCUGAAGUCGUUGUAGAGGAACCGGAAGAAGAGAGUUAUGCUACUCGGGACGAGGAAAUUCUUGAGCCUAUCGAAGAACAAGAGGAAAGGAUAGAGGUGAUCGAGGAGAAGGAAGACGAAAAUAAAAAACAAAAAGACGUCGUAGUGACCGAGGAGACCGAAGAAUCGUCAAACGUUAACGAUAGCAACGAAGGUGAUGGCGGAACGGAUAUCGCGAAUAACGACGAUUAGAUCUGUUGUUUACGAUCGAAAAGGAAAUAACAAAACAAACCAAAAAAAAAAAAAAAAGACAGAGGAAAAAGAAAAAAAGAAAAAAUAACAGUCCAUGCCUUUUGUCGUUCUUAUUUACUCGAAGAUUAAUUCCGUUCUGUGGUUACGCGGGCUAAAACGCGAAUAAUAGCAUGCGGGGGAAAACGCGGACUAAAAAUAAUGUGUUCGUUUAUUAAUUUAAGAGAAAUAUCUUUUUUCUUAUUUUCUUCCUUUGUAAACUUUUUAUUAGAUCGGAACUGAAAACUAUUCAAUAUAUUUUCGGUAUUAUUGAUUGUAAUAAUGUUUAUUUCUUUUGAACUAGAUAGAAACGAGCACGUUAUUAAGUCAUUUUUAACAUACCAAUAACGUAUGUUCGUCCUCUUCGAGUAAUCCGUACGACGAGGUAAAGAAAAAAAUAAAGAGAUAUUUUAUGAAAUUUCCGCGUUUCCGCACCGAGCUCGCGCGAGGUUUCAAAAUGCGUACGUAUUUGCGUAUAUAUAUGUACGUCAUAUACGACGAUUUUUCAUAUCAAAUUCUUACAAGGAAAGUCUUAGAAGAUAAAAUAAAAACCUGUGUAAAAGAAUAUCGACGAUUGUAAAACUUGUUCUUAGUUUUUUAACAUCUUUAUAUGAUAACAUCAAUGAAGUAAUACACAAUGACAUAGAAAAAUUUACCGUAUCGUAAUAUCGCAUCGUUGAACGAGGAAUACGAAUUAAAAUCAGAACGUGUAUAUAAAUAUUAAUGUAAUAUGUAUAUAUAUAUAUAUACAUAUUAUAUAUAUAUUAUAUAUAUAUGUAUAUGUUACAUAAUUUUAUUUAAUAAUUUAUGCAGAAAAGAAAAAAUCACAUAUGUGGUAAUCUUCGAAAACUCGCACGGGUACUGAUCUGUGAUUAUAAUUUUUUUAUUUUACAUUUUAUUACUUUUCUUUCUUAUUUUAUUUUUUUCAUAUAAAAUAGAGAUAAAUGUUAGUAAAAAAAAAAAAAAAAAAAAAAACCUCGCGCGAUCACGAUACGCUUCCCUUUAACAUUACGAAAUAGAUUCGACUCGCUGUGUCGGUGCAACCGAUAUUAGAGAUUAUAAAUAAAGCCAAAAAAAGAAAAAAGGAAAAAAAAAGAAAGAAAGAAAGAUAAAAAAAAUGGAAAAAAAUAAAAUUAAGUAAAUAGGUAACUAAUUAUAGAACAAUCGCUUUUGCACGGCAUUGGCGCGAGCGCGAGCGAUUUGAGUUCCCCAAUCGACCGAAGAGAAAGAUAUUAUAUAAAAUUAUAUAUAUAUAUAUAUAUAUAUAUAUAUAUAUACAUAUAUAUAUAUGUAUGUAUGUACGUAUAUGUAUGUAUACAUAUAUAUGUAUAAUUUUAUAUCGGCUGAUACGACUCUUUUGUAGCAUAGGAAGAAUUUUCGCACACAUACAUAUGUAACGUACUAAAGACGAGCUCGAGAACGUAUCUCAUAUUAUUUAUUCUUCUGUCAAAACGACAAUGACAUUUAAUACUCGAUUAAAUAAUUCUCGAGUAUCGAGAUUAGCUCGGUGCACCCUCGCAGCGAAAAAAAUAGCGAGCGACAACUAAUGAUAAUAAUAUUAAUUUGCGGCGACCAUAGAAUUAAUAUUAUUAUUGAUAGAGCAUAUUAUAAAUAUAUAUAUAUAUAUAUAUAUAUAUAUAUAUAUACAUACAUAUAUAUAUAUAUACAUAUACAUAAAUACCGCGCAAAUGGAGUCCUGGACGCCUCGGCUCUAUCCUUCGAGUUCCUUAUGACCAUAGAUAGCUGCAACUUGUAUAAUUUUGUCUACAAAAUACAAUACAAUAUAGUCAUUUAUCGAUUAUGGUGGACGGAAUUGUAAAGGAAAAAAAAAAAAGAGAAAAGAAAGAAAAAAAAAUGAAAGAAAAUUGAUGAGUAAUCAGGAGGGAACGGAGGGAGCCGAGGGGACUGUCUGAGAGAUUCCUUCAAGGUCCCCCUUAAAAAUCCCUCCUUUAUUUUUGAUUUUCGAUGUCUCCGUGAGGGGGGGGCCAGCUGUGAUACUUUACCCAAUUCCACUUCCGCUCUGGUCGUGGUAUCGAAGAACUUUAUCUAGACAAAGAAAUCGCUCAUUGUGUUAGCAAACGAAAUGCAACGUAAAUUCCAUUCGUAUCGACGAUAAUGUAUGUCGUGACAUUCCUAUAUAUAUAUAUAUAUAUAUAUAUAUAUAUAUAUAUAUAUAUAUAUAUGGAGAAAAAAACUAAUGAAUUAAGCAACUAACACGGUGUCAAGAUUUUUUUCAUGGAAUUCGCGAGCACGUUCGAGAAAGGGGGAUUUGAUAAUUACGAGAGACUUUAAUUGUUGUCGCAUCAAAGAUCGUGUCAAUUACAAUCUAGAAAAACAAUGCGAUUUAUUCAUCCUUCUUUUUUUGUUUUUCAUUUUCCUGUCUUCUUUUUCUUCUUUUUUCUUUUUUGUUCUUUUUUUUCUUCGCUCUUGCAUACAAUUUCGUUUCCACGAUGGAUUUACAUAUGUAUGUAUACUUUAUGCACGUUCUAUUAAAUACUUUGUAAUAUGGUGAUAUAUAAAGUAAGAAAGAAGAAAAAAAAAAAAGAAAAAGAAUUAAUAAUAAGGAAAAAAUGAGUUUCUCGUAAUUAUCAUGUAGUAUCUGUCUCGGUUCUAUCCACGGUUGGAUUCUACGAAUCUUUGUCUAAUCCGCUUAAGCUUUUAUCCGAGAUAUUUCCAAAGAUACACUUAAUUGAUUAUAUUUACGCACAAAAUGCGUUUACAAUUUAACACGUUCCGCACAUUGGUUUUAUCUUGCGGAAACUUUUCAAUUUUUCAAAUCCAUCUGCGGAAUCAUUUGAAACAAUAAUAACAACAGCAACAGCAAGAGCAACAACAACAACAAACAACAACAAUAACAACAACAGCAACAAUAACAACAAUCUACGUGAUUAACUCGUUAUUAUCGCGAGAAAAUGGAUAUUGUAUUCGUUCGAAAGCGUAUUUUGUGAAUUAUGCGAAUGCGACAACGAAUUAAUUAAUUACUACGGUUAACUUUCUCGUCUCAGCCUUCAAUUUAAAUCCGCUAGCCUUAGCCUAAUCGGUGUCUCUGGUAAAUCAGGCCUAUGAAGGUCGGAAAGCGGCAUCCAUGUAUAUUUUCUUCACACUUACCUGUUCUACACACACGCAGAGAGACAGCAGCAACAAACGGAGAUACAUACAUACAUACACACACAUCAAAAUACAGACACUGUACCACAUACACUACCACGUACACACGCAAACGCACACACACAACAUAUGACAGACAUACACAUAUGCACACACUUGCACGCGAUUCCAUUCAAUGAGAAAGAAAACAAAAAAAAAAAAGAACAAAAAGAAAAAGAACAAAAAAAGAAAAAGAA